AUGGAUCACCCCGUCACAGACCCUGCCGAGGGCGUCCAGUACCUCACCGAAGACGAAAUCAACUCCUUCCUCGACGACCUCGACCACAACGACGACGGCUACAUCGACUACGCCGAGGUCGAGGCGAAACUCGACGCCGCGCACGAUGAGCUCGCCCCGUCCGCCCAGGUGAAGUCUCACCACGUCAUCAAGAAGUCCCACGACUCCUACGAUGACAGACUCCGCCAUGAGUUCCUUCAGAGCAUCAUGGGGGUCUCCGGCCCGGGGCCCCAUCCCGGCUCCGACGCCACGGAGCCCGACGCCCGGAAGACCCGCAUCCCCCGCGCCGAGUUCGCCGACCGCGUCCGCGAGUGGAAGAUCCCCUCCCUGAAAAAGGACAAGGCGUCCGAGGACGACCAGAAGCACUACGUCAAACGACUGAGGCCGUGGCGCCGCGUGAGGGCGUACUGGGCCGUCCACGGGCCCGAGAUCGCCUUCUUGGGCCUGGUCGCGGGCUUCAUGCUGGCCUUCGGCAUCUGGCAGUGCGUCAAGUACGUGACGACGCCGCAGUACCGCGCCGCGUUCGGCUGGGGCGUAGUCAUGGCCAAGACGUGCGCGGGGAUGCUGUACCCGACCUUCUUCUUCCUCAUCCUCAGCAUGUCGCGGUACUUCUCGACCUUCCUGCGUAGAUCGUACUACGUCUCGCGCUUCAUCAACUGGGACCUCAGUCAGGCUUUCCACAUCAGGAUCUCCAUCGCCGCACUGCUUCUCGCGACACUGCAUGCCAUUGGCCACCUGACGGGCUCCUUUUAUCACGGCAGCCGGCCCCAGAACCAGGAUCGCGUGGCGGAGGUGCUUGGCCCGGAUAUGGUUCCCCGGCCGUACAUCGAGUACGUCCGCUCCCUCCCGGGCUUCACGGGCAUCACGGCGCUGGGACUGUUUUAUACCUUAGCCCUGUGCAGUCUUCCUCAAGUACGGAAAUGGAACUACGAGGUUUUCCAGCUUUCUCACCUGCUGAUGUACCCCAUCAUCGGGCUCAUGAUGGCCCAUGGUACGGCAGCGCUGUUGCAGUGGCCCAUGUUCGGCUACUUCCUGGCCUUCCCGACGCUUCUGAUUCUCAUCGAGCGUUCCGUACGUAUCGGCACUGGGUUCCACCGCAUCCCAGCAACUCUCAAGGUCCUGGACGGCGAGACGGUCGAGAUAACAGCCACCAUUCCCAGCGAGCGCAUUUGGAAAUAUCAAGCAGGACAAUACGUGUUUCUGCAAGUGCCGAGGAUAAGCAAGUUCCAGUGGCACCCGUUCACGGUCUCCAUCUGCAAGGGGAGGGAGUUCCAACUGCACAUCAAGACUGAUGGGAACUGGACUAAGAAGCUGCGGGAGCUGGGAGGGGACGCAGGAGAAGCUAGCAUCGAGGUCGGCAUCAACGGGCCGUUCGGCGCGCCGGCGCAGAGGUUCUACGACUUCAGUCACACCAUCAUCGUGGGCUCGGGCAUUGGCGUCACCCCCUUCUCCGGCAUCCUGGCAGACCUGCAAGCGAGAGACGACGAGGAGCACGGGGGACCGACUCACUCGGGUCACCACCAACACCGUCACGACUCCGACGCGACAGCAACGUCCAAAGGACAAACAGAGAAACCUACCACAGACGCCGACGACCCCUCGAAGCCGCCGCACCCCUCGGAAUCCCACGCCUUCGCGCCCGACUACCGCCGCGUCGACUUCCACUGGACCGUCCGCGACAGGAACUACCUCCUCUGGAUCGCCGACCUCCUCAACGCCGUCUCCCGCAGCCAGGACUGGCACCGCGCCAACGAGGGCGCCUCCCAGCACCUCGACAUCCGCAUCGCGACGCACGUCACCCAGAAGAGGAGAGACAUCGUCACCCACGUCUACCGCUGGCUGCUCGAGAUGCACCGCACCGACCAGCACCCCGAGUCGCCCCUGACGGGCCUGCUCAACCCGACACACUUUGGCCGCCCGGACUUCGACGCCAUCCUGGACCGCCACUACGACGACAUGCGGAAAUUCCGGGCUAGCAAGAGGCUAAACCGCAAUGUGGGCGGCGGCGGACGACGUGCCACAAACGUCAGCCAGAAGUCUGACAGGCUUGGCGGGAACCGCCCUGGUGGAGGGGGAGGAGGGGCAGGAAUGGGCUCAAACGCGGGAACGGACGUCAGAGAGAAGAAUAGCAGCAUUGAUGGCGUCGGAAACGGGCGAAACGGCACAAACGAGGGCCACGACGACGACGACGACGUUGCGCGCGGCAAUGCCCGGGCCAAUGGCGACGGGGAUCGAGGCAGCGGCGUCGUGGACGACGACGACGACGACGAUGAAGAGGACGAGGAGAUGAAGGUCGGCGUGUUCUACUGCGGAGCGCCUGUUGUCGGGGAGAUCCUGGCGGACAAGUGCCGGCAGCUCACGGUGCGGGGGCGGCACGACGGGAGCAAGAUCGAGUACCACUUCAUGAUUGAGGUAUUUGGCUAA